CCAUGAGGUCAUCCACGGUUAUACAAGUACUGAGUCAUAAUUUGGAAAUUCGACCCACAUCAUGUACUGUACUGUACCCAUUUAUACAAAUCGAACGUCAUGCGGUAAUCUCCUUACGCUUAUCAUGCCUUUCCUCACAUAUAAACAUAUAAUAUUGUCCUUCCAUUACUGUACAGAUACCACAGAAGGACCAAUUUCAUCUUGAUUACACAAACAGGUCCUUGACUUGCGGAUAACGUGCAUUGUUUACACACAUUCUUUCCCAAGUCCCACCUACCAUGGCAGAGGAAUGUAGAAGCGGCUACAGGGAGAGAAAUCUGAUACUCAACACCAAGUCGAAGAAAGGUUGAGUUGGGCUCGUGACCACGAAAUCGGGGGUAUUGUUGGGGCCGUAAAUGAGCAUUUAUAAAAUCCGAAAUGAGUGACGAGGGAACUCAGUAAAGGUGCCAAGUCAAGGACUCAAGGCAGCGAUAUCACGGUACCUAGUAGAGCAUGAUGAAGAUCUGUCAUUGGUGACUUCGUACUUCACAGAAUCGGAAUUCAUGUACUCGUCUUUACUCGCAUCACAGCACUAAUAGUGGAGGGAAGCGAACCCUAACCCUAGUACCGUAUGGAAUGUACAUUGUACAAGCAGUACCGACCUCAACACUGGGAAACCUGAUGCUCGUACUUGUAGAGCUUUCGAGGACAACCUUGCGCUCUCACACUCGAACGGCUGGUGGGAAUCUGCACUCUUCUCAGGUGUUUCUCUACCAUGCGCUCUGAAUGUUUUCCACAUGAUAAAAUUCGCAGGCCGCGGGUUCUUUGUCCAGCUGACCAAGGAGCGGGAGUUCAUCACCAUUUAAGGAACACCACAGCGGCAGCGUUAACAGGUGAACCGAAAGCUUUUACUUCUCUUCAGUCAGCCAUUGUGUUCUUCUUCUCUGCUUCCACAAGUAUAAGAGAACAAGGGAUUCUUCCCUCUGAAGCCUCUCAUUUUCGAUUAUUCUCUGUUUCUGCUAGUGGGUCCCUGGGAAUGUUAGCUUACAGUGAAACUCCACGAAGAAAAGACGAGCCAGCUCGAAUCCUGCAAUGAAGAAACAGAAUUGUACAAUAGCACCGUAGCCUACCUCGUUAUAAACUGUCUCAAGGUUCACAUUCUUCUCCGUACACACGGGCAGAUCGCACUUGUACUGGGCGUUCCGUGUCUCUAGUAAUUCGAGUAGCGCGGCAGUUCCUCCUCCUCGUCUAGAUUCGAACGUCAAAGUCAAAGUUUAUACUGGGGUGCACGAACUAGCAAGCUGAGUGGUGGAUUUAGAUCCCUCUCUAUAUGCUGUACCUCGUUCCGAAUUUUAGUACCAGCUUUAAUGUCCGCAUCUGUACCUGUGGAAUGUAGCGUAGGAAUUUCAGAAAGCAUUCUCGAGAAGUCAGAGCUGUCGUCAGUGUUCUACAUUCGAACUAUAAACAAGCCCCUGAGCACGAGUGUCCGAUGACAGUUAUUCUAUGUUUCCUCGUUGGACUAUUAUAAGCAACUAAGACCGUGGAUAUUUGACAUGUUACCGACUAAUGAUGAUGUACUAACUCUUCAAGUUCAUUCAUCCCCAUUUUUGUUUACACUUCCUGGUGAGUGAGUCGAAAACUGCGAAAGAGCGGUUGGCUCUUACCAUGUCGAAAGUCAACCAUCCAUGUUGUAGAUUUGGAUCGUCGACAGUCGACAUUGUUAACUAUUGGGAAGUAAGCGGUUUCCGAUGGGUUGGCUCGACAGUUAGCGGGUUUUGGGAGUGCUUGUUAGAUCCUGUCGAGCUGCCCAACUAAAACUCGCCAUGCAGAGGCGGCUGGUGUCUCUCUUCCCUUGACCACACAUACGUGCUUCUCAUGCAUCAAACGCUUCGGCCCGCACCGAUUCUCUCUGGAAAGGAAUUAUGCCCUUCGCGCGCACAGAUGGUAAAAGUCAGGUUCCUCAUUGUGGUCUGACUAAACCUCGAAUCUCACUGAUGUCAAACAAAGCUCAUGAUCAG